GUGGUGAGUGUGAGGGGAAAUGAGUUAUUGGGCAACGGGACGUGUGUGAAGUUGGCAGAGAAGACGUGAAGUGACCGAGUGAUUGGAUUGUGGAUUUGGAGUGGAUAAAGAAAAGAUAAAGAAGUAAAAAGACAAUACAGUGUGUUUUAAUGGGAUUGAGGGUGCCACAAACUGGCGAUUGAGGUAAAAUCUUUGAAUCGAGACGCAAAUGCUUGCUAGAAUGCAGGAGAUUUAUACUACGAUACCGCCGUUCAAAUGUGCGGCGAUACCUCGUUCGGAGAGGAGAGAUAAGUGGCUACAGUGGAAGAGAGGUUUCCUAAGUGUGCCUGCUACUUGCGGAGAAGAUAAUAAGACGAAGCUAAAGCAUAUGCUUUUGAGAUGUGGAGGAUUUGAGCUCCAAAACGUAUUUUAUCAGAUUGACGGAGCAGAUGUUGAUGAAAAAGAUGAUGGAUCAGUUGAUCCAUACAAGGUACUGUAAAUACAUGUUACUAAGAUCAAUGCUAAUUGUAAUUAUUCUUUUGAAUAAGGUUGCUCUUGAGAAACUGGAUGACUAUUUCAUGCCACAAAGACAUGAAUCUUAUGAUAGAUGGAAAUUCUGGCAGAUUAGACAGAAUCCGGGGGAGGAUUUAGAAGACUGUAUUAUGCGAGCACAAAUUCAGGCAAAUAAAUGCAAGGUGGGAAAUUCAGAGCAAGAAGCAAGAGAACGAAUGAUACUAUUGUCCAAAGUCGUGACAUACUAUUGUCCAAAGAAAAUUUGACACUUGAUGACAUUAUUCGAAGGGUCCAUUCAUUUGGCGCUGUAGAAGAUCAGUCACACCAAAUGGAUCAGACUCAAGCCACUACUUCAACAGCUUUUGAUUCCACUCAAGUGAAUCAAAUUCAGGCGAAAUGGAGAAAUAACUCACAUAAGGAGGAAUGUUCUCGCUGUGGUAGAUCUGGUCAUAACGGAAAGGAUUCGAAAUGCCCAGCAUUAGAAAAGAAAUGCGCUAAAUGCCAAUUGCGGGGACAUUUUGCAAUUAAAUGCAGAACAAGACGUCCAAUCAAGCGUUCAGCUGAGAAUUCUGAGACGGUGAUCUCAACAAAAAAACAACGGAUUCAUGCAGUUACACAGGAAGGUCCGGAGAACAGUACCAAGUCUGAGAAAAAGUCUAUCACGAGUUUUAUAUAUAACAUCGGAGAUGGAGAUGAGUAUAUAUGGUGCAAAGUCGGAGGUGUUCUCAUUGAGAUGAUGAUUGAUUCAGGAGCAUCGCAGAAUAUCAUUGAUGAACAUACCUGGCAAUAUAUGAAGAAGAACGGGAUUGAGAUGCAAAAUGUCAUGGAGGAAACACAGAAAGUACUGAGAGCAUAUGCACAAAGCGAACCUUUAAAGAUUAUCAAGGUUUUUAAAACGAAUAUUUCCGUCACAGGCGGAAGUCAGGAUAUGGGAAAAGAGGCUGUGUUUUAUGUCAUUCAAGGAGGUUCCCAACCGCUAUUGGGAAAAGCCACUGCCAAGGAAUUAGGGGUGUUGGUGUUGGGCUUACCCAGCACUCGUGAGACAAUGAUUGGUCAAGUUAAAGAUUCAAGGAUCACUCCUUUUCCGAAAGUGAAAGGCGUUAAGAUUGUGAUUCCUAUUGAUGAAAGAGUUUCCCCAGUGAGUCAGCAUGCACGUCGUCCUCCUAUCGCUUUACUUGAUAAAGUGGAAGAAAAGUUGGAGGAAUUGCAAAAGCUGGACAUUAUUGAGCCAGUUAAUGAACAUAGUGAUUGGGUGUCACCAAUUGUGGUGAUUCCAAAAGAUAAUGGUGACAUUAGAAUUUGUGUGGAUAUGCGUCAGGUGAAUAAAGCUAUCAAAAGAGAGAAUCAUAUGAUGCCGGUGUUGGAGGAUUUCCUACCUAGAAUAGGUAGAGCAGAAAUUUUCUCACGGCUUGAUAUCAAGAAUGCUUUUCACCAAUUGGAACUGGACCCCAGUUGCAGAUAUAUCACGACUUUUAUUACACACAAAGGAAUGUUCCGAUACAAAAGACUCAUGUUCGGGAUUUCUUGCGCACCCGAGAUGUUUCAGAAGACAAUGGAACAAAUUCUGUGCGGCUGUUCAAAUGCGCUUAACUACAUUGAUGACAUCAUUGUCUUUGGAGCAUCUGAAGAUGAACAUAAUCGAGCAUUAGACGGGGUGCUGGAUACUCUAAAGAGACAUAAUGUGCUCUUGAACCAUGCUAAGUGUAUUUUUAGAGUGCCAGAGAUUGAUUUUCUGGGACACAGAAUCUCGCAGAAAGGAAUCAGUCCAUCCGCCUCAAAGAUAGCUGCAAUUUUGAGUUUCCGGGCACCAAAGACAAAAGAAGAAAUUCGUAGCUUCCUUGGCCUGAUCACGUACAUGAGCAGAUUUCUUCCAGAUUGCUCGACAGAAACAUUUCCGUUAAGGCAACUAAUGUGUAGUUCAGACCCUUUUAAAUGGGAAGAAGAGCAUCAAAAGGCAUUUGAUAAGCUCAAGGAAAUGUUGGGUAAUACUGAAACAUUGAGUUUUUUCCGCAAUGAACGUCGUACAAGAAUAGUCGUGGACGCAUCUCCAGUAGGCUUAGGAGCAGUCCUAAUACAAUAUCAAGAUGACACCGAUGACAAGCCCCUCGUGAUAGCAUAUGCCAGCAGGAGUCUUUCGGAUACGGAGCGCCGAUAUUGUCAGACGGAAAAAGAGGCGUUGGCAGCAGUCUGGGGAAUGGAAAGAUUCGACAAUUAUCUGAUUGGAAGGAAUUUUGAGUUAGAGACGGAUCACAAAGCUCUGGAGGUGAUCUUCAAACCCACAUCUCAUUCUUGCGCGAGAAUUGAAAGAUGGCUUCUACGUCUUCAAUCUUUCCAAUUCAGAGUGAUAUACCGAAAAGGAAUAUCAAACAUCGCUGAUCCACUAUCGAGAUUGUCUGUCUCAACAGAGAAGGUGAACUCAGAUGAAGGCAACGAUUUUAUGGUGCGAGCGAUUGUAGAAUCAGCUGCAGUUGACGUCAGUGAAAUUGAGAAAGCUUCCAAGGAAGAUUCAGAAAUGCAGGCCAUUCGACAAGCAUUGCACUCCGGAGUGUGGUCAAAUAUUUUGUUAAAGGCAUACCAUCCCUUCAAGUUGGAGUUGGCGUCAGCGGGAGAUAUCGUAAUGCGAGGCAGCAAGUUAGUGGUACCAGAGGGUUUGAGAUCGAGGAUGUUGCAACUAGCACACGAAGGGCAUCCGGGUGAAACUCUGAUGAAGCAGCGUCUAAGAGAGCGAGUUUGGUGGCCUGGAAUCGAUAGUGAUUCGGUGAAAGUUGUGAGGUCCUGUGAGGGAUGCAUUUUGGUGUCUGCACCAAAUAAACCUGAACCAAUGCAAAGGCGUGCUUUGCCCAGCGGUCCAUGGAUUGAUUUGGCUAUGGAUUUCAUGAGUAUUCCAUCUGGAGAACAUCUUUUAGUAGUGGUAGACUAUUUUAGCCGCUACAAGGAAGUGGAGGUAAUGCACCGAAUCACAGCCAGGGAGACCAUUGAGCGUUUGGAUAAAAUUUUCACCCGCUUGGGUUAUCCAAGAACGCUCACGCUGGAUAAUGCCAAACAAUUCGUUUCUGGAGAGUUGGAGGAAUAUUGUUUGAAAAAGGGAAUCCAUCUCAACAAUACUAUCCCUUAUUGGCCUCAGCAGAAUGGCGAGGUAGAACGCCAAAAUCGAUCUUUGCUUAAGCGUAUUAAGAUCAGUCACAACUUGGACAGAGAUUGGAGAAAGGACCUGCAGGAUUACCUCAUGUGCUAUUACACUACACCUCACACAACCACGGGAAAAACUCCAACGGAGCUCUGCUACGGUAGAACUAUUCGGGGGAAAAUUCCUUCAUUGAAGGACAUCGAGACAGCUCCACCAGAAGCAGAUUUCUCUGAUAGAGACAAGCGCUUAAAAGAAAAGGGGAAGGAACUGGAGGACACAAGGAGAGGAGCUAGGGAGUCUGACAUUGAAGUAGGAGAUGUGGUCUUGAUGAAAAAUCUGCUUCCUGGAAACAAAUUGCAAGCAACUUUUGGAGCAACCAAAUAUGUGGUUUUGAAGAGAUCUGGAGGAGCUGCGAUAGUUCGUGAUAACACAUCAGGGAAGCAAUAUGAAAGGAAUGUGGCCCAUUUGAAGAAAGUCGUUGUGUCAGCAGAAUCUUCCACUAUUCCGGUAGAGAUAGUUCCAGAACCUGAACCUGUCGAAGAACAGCCUGUGGAGAAGAUCUCUAGGAAGAGGACAAUUCCCAGGAAGUAUCAGGAUUUUGUGGUUCCUAGUCUAAAUCAAAAACAUUAGAAAAAAGGGAGGAUGUGGUGACCAACAGAUGGCGUUGUGGUGAGUGUGAGGGGAAAUGAGUUAUUGGGCAACGGGACGUGUGUGAAGUUGGCAGAGAAGACGUGAAGUGACCGAGUGAUUGGAUUGUGGAUUUGGAGUGGAUAAAGAAAAGAUAAAGAAGUAAAAAGACAA